AGAAAAGCCGGGACUUGGGGAAAGAUACCGGGCGGGUUGGAGACGAGACCACCGAAUACUGACAGAGAUGCAGCAAGUGUACCAACAUUCAGCUGGACGGCGACUUCAGUAAUAAUCGAUAAAGCUGCAGUAUUUUUGCUGGUGGCAGGAGACAGGAGGAAGUCCGACAAAAAAAACGUAUCUGAAUCAGUGACUCGUCCUUUGAGCCAAUCAUGCGAGAUUCUGUGUUUAACUGCUGCUUUGUCCCGCCCACUCCUGCUGCGGUGGUCGACGACGAACUGGGUCGCCGUAGGAACGCCACACAGCCGCUGCUCCGGAGCGACUGCCGCUUCCUCAUCUUUUUCGACUUUGACGAGACGCUGGUGGACGAGUGCAGUGACGACGCGGUGGUCGUCGCGGCGCCCGGAGGCUCUCUCCCCGGUUGGCUGAAGGACACCUACAGACCCGCCCGCUACAACGAGUACAUGCAGCGCGUGCUGGCCUACCUCGCCGAGCAGGGCGUGUCCCCGGCAACCAUCCAGGGGGUGGCCGAAAGCCUCCCGCCCUGUCCCGGCAUUCCGUCCCUGCUCCGUUUCCUACAGUCCCGCCCGCCGUGCGACUUCGAGGUCGUGUGUGUGUCCGACGCCAACACUGUCUUCAUCGAGGCUUGGCUGCAGAAAGCAGGGUUCCGCCCCCUGUUCCAGCGCGUAAUCAGUAACCCCGCCCACUUUGACGAAGACGGGCGUCUCCACAUGCGGCCCUUUCACGCCCACGACUGCCAGCGCUGCCCUGUCAACAUGUGCAAGGCCGAGAUCGUGCGCCGGUACACGGCACAGAGGGUCCAGGAGCGCGGGGGUCAGCCCUUCCAGAGGGUCUUCUACGUGGGCGACGGAGCCAACGACUUCUGCCCGUCGCUGACGCUGUCGCCGCGGGAUACGGCGUUUCCACGGCGAGACUUCCCCAUGCACAGGCUGAUUCGGGAGAUGGAGGAGGCGAAACCCGGAGAGCUCAGGGCCAACGUGGUGCCAUGGAGCAGUGGAGAAGAUGUGGUACACACUCUACAGAAGAUAAUGGAGGAGAGACCUUAACUGUCAUCAUUACACACACACACUCAGAUAUACACAUACAUACACACACACACACACACACACACUCGGAUACACACACAC